UCAUGUAAAUUUCUUGCAGGUAGGGAUCUUCGUUGUGCCGCACCUGUUGUGACAUGGGACCUCGCCCCAUUUCGUCGCCUCUUACGACAAGCAAGGUAUACUGAGGACCUAUUCUAGCCCGAAUUCCCACUGGAGUAUGUAAACAACAUAUGAUAAUCAAGGAAUGACUACUGCCACCACCACAGCACAGGAACUCAUCACCUGUGACCUAAACUGUGUCAAGCCUGUCCAGCAAUUCUGUAACAGCUGCCAAGUCGGUCUGUGUGAGGACUGCAUCAACAAACACGUCAAGGGACUCAAGUCCAUAAAGCAUGACAUUGUUCCUUUCAGAAAGCGCACGGUCCAGCUGGUGUUCCCUCAGUGUACAUCUCAUUCCCACCAGAGAUGUGAGGGCCACUGUCAACAGUGUGAUGUCCCGGUCUGCAUCACAUGUCUCCUGGAUUCACAUAAAGGUCAUGAUGUUGAGGCUAUUGCAGACAUUAUUGACAGAAAGAGAGAAAACAUUAAAAGAGAAACAGAUGAAAUUGAAAGCAGUAUUAUUCCAAAGAUCAAGUCAUGUGAUGCAGAUGCUGAAAAGAAAUUUUUUAUGUCCACGGCCUACUACUCUGAUUUAGAAAACGAAGCUAAAGAUAAAAGAAAGAAAUGGCACUUAGAGGUAGACAACAUCUUUGACAAACUUGAAUCACUGAUUCAAUCACGAAAUUACGAUCCUGAAGUCAUGCCAGUCCCAGCUCAGAAGUCAAAAUUCCAUUAUGAUCCAAACUGUUCAAGAAAACAAAACAAUUCUAGAGUCCAACAAAGCAUCUGAUGUCAACAAUUACGAAUCCAAAGUGACUGAAUUCAGAGUCAUUCCACAAGUACCGUAUGUAAUGUCACCCUCUCUCAAAACAAACACAGUCCAAGGGAGAGAACUAAGUCUAGAAUUAGGAGAAUACAGGGCCAUACUGACACAGAUACUACCAAGUCUGAAAGAUGAAGUAUUUUAUUUAUCUGUUGAGGGAUUAUUAAAACAAGCGAAAGUGAUUGCAAACAUUCCGACAAAUGUCAAACAGUUAAACAAAGUGGCCAUUGUUAGAUCAGAUAGAGCUUGGGUUAGUGGAAAAGACAAAAUCAUACGAUGUGUUGACAUACAUGGAGCUGUACAAGGCACUGUCACCAAUACAUGUAAUCCGUAUGCUAAUGACACAACAGUGAACAGACAGGGAGAACUGAUUUACAGUGAACAUUGUCAGAAACGGGAAGACAGAGACACUGAUCACCACACCACAGGGCUUGCAUCCAGGGGGACUGUGCUGUACCAGAUCAGGAGACAUCCUGGUCACUAUGCAUACUACUGAUAAAAGUCAUUACAAAAUCAUCCGUUAUCAGGGACAGAGAGUGGCACAGGAAAUAGAUAAAGAUGAACAUGGCAAUCCAAUAUAUUUAGGAGGGAAAAAUGCAGUGUAUGUGACAGAGAACAAGAAUGGCGACAUCGUGGCUUCUGAUUAUAAUGCUAAGGCAGUGGUAGUGGUGGACAGGACAGGAAAAGUCCGAUUCCGAUAUAACAAACCACCGGUUGGAAAGAUAUUUUUCGGUCCAAGACAGAUAGUGACCGACUCCUUUGGUAAUAUCAUUGUGGCAGAUUCUAGCAAUCCCUGUCUACACAUUCUAGAUCAGAAUGGACAAUUCAUUAAAUGUUUGGACAAUUGUGGAUUAAAGGAUCGGCCUAAUGGAUUGAGUGUGGACAAUGAGGGGAGGUUGUGGGUAGGGUUGUACAAAUCAGGAGAAUUGAAAGUAAUAAAGUACGUGAAAUAAACACCAAGACAUUCAGGUAUAUUGAUAUGCUGUUGUUUUGCGAUGUUUGGAUUUCUCAAGUUUUUGGAGACUAAAAGAAAAACACUAAUAACAACCCUGCUAAUCAUAAACGCAUAUAGUGCUGUACAACUUCAUUCACAGAGAAGGAAUCUCAUGGAAGAUUUUAAGAAAAAUGAUGUACUUUUAUAAAGCCGUCCAAGCACUAGGAACCCUGACCAAAAUGUUAUAAUUCAUGUAUUAUUUCUAUGUUCUUAAUUAGUUUGCUCUCCAGGAGGGUUUUUUUUUUCGUAUCUCUAGUUUCUUCUUCUUUUUUUUUUUUUUUUUUUUAGGUUUGCGCCUAAAUGUAGCUCUCUGCUAUAUUUGCGAGGUUUUGGGUUAAUUUUCUCGUGUAUUGUGCUUUCAAUUUUUUUUUGUUAACCAUGUCACUUUGUGAAAGGGUCUAAGGUUAAGUAAUUGCUAUUUCAGUGCAAGUUUUUAAAAAAAAAAGAAGAAAGAAACUAACUGGGCCAUAUCAGGCAGUACUCCCAGCGUUCAGAAGGGCUACCAGUCUAUGGAAUCAGAACACGUGAGACCGCGCUGUAUAUGGAACGUUCCCCGUGGUGGAUUCAGCAACUAUUUUGUGGACCUAGUGUUCACAUUGGUUCGAAGUCGGUAUUACCCAAGUAUCGUUGUCCAGUGGGAUACCUGUGAGUCCGGGACUGCAAGCGGAAGGGCUGUUAGCGCUGUAUUGUGUAUGGAGGUCUGGUCGUGCCAAUUGUGACGUGGCGUUCGAUUGAAUUGUGCUGAGUAGCCAAACUUUCAUUUUGAGUUUCAGUAAAUUAACAUUUUAUCAAAGAGGAAUUUCAGAAAUUUUGUAUUUACAAAACGUAAUUUACUACUGUUUAACUUUUUCUGUAGUUAACGGAAUUUGUUACAAUUUGAACCAUUUUGUAAUAUAUUUAUUACCAGUUACAUUUUCAGCCUGGACUGACGUAUUUGUUGUUAUGACUAUUGAAUUGUCUUGACAUUUAUACGUUAUAUUCAUUGUCAAUAUUGCCAGGUUUAUUAUAUCAAUGUAUAUUUUCUUUCUAGGUGAGAAAGUGGAUGUGUGUAUGUGAAAGUGUGAUUACUUUGUGUUUUUCAAACAUCUUUAUAUUUCUUAUCUUAUUGCUAAAUAAAUUUUGUUUUCAUUUAUUCUACGAUUUAUCAUUUUCUCUAUUGCCUACACAAAAUCCAAAAGAACUUCAUUACAUAUGGUUCUGAAAAAUAUUUAAACAAUUCUGACUUUGCAUCCUCAUUAGCCAAGUAGUGUUUUCUGUGAGUCAAUCAGAUAUUAUUUUCUGUGAAUUAAGGAGAUAGUAUUUACUGUCAAUUAUUGAGAGAGAAUUUACUGUGAAUUAAUGAGAUAUUAUUUUCUGUGAAUUAAUGAAAUAGUAUUUAUACUGUGAAUUAUUGAGAUAUUGUUUACUGUGAAUUAAUGAUAUAGUGUUUACUGUGACUUAAUGAGAUAAUAUUUACUGUGAUUUAAUGAGAUAGUUAGUGUAGAUUUAUGAAAUUGUAUUUACUGUGAAUUAAUGAGAAGAGUUCAAUGUGAAUGAAUGAGAUACUGUUUACUGUGAAUUAAUGAGAUAAUAUCUACUGUGAAUCAAUGAGAUAAUAUUUGCUGUGAAGUAAUGAGAUUAUAUUUACUGUGAGAUAAUGAAGUGAUAUUUACUGUGAGAUAAUGAGGUGGUAUUUACUGUGAGAUAAUGAGGUAGUAUUUAGUGUGAGAUAAUGAGUGUUUAGUGUGAGAUAAUGAGGUAGUGUUUACUGUGAGAUAAUGAAGUAAUAUUAACUGUGAGAUAAUAAGGCGGUGAUUACUGUAAACUAAUCAUAAUGCUUGAUAUAUAUUACCCUCCAAAGGCCUUGUUUGACAGUCGCUUACCUCAUCUUCCUGCGCAUGCUUAACUUCCUGUUUGGCUGAGGCUAUGGUACACAUGGCGAUACCUGCUGUUACCAGGACAACAGACAGAUAUUUUUCUUUUGAAUAUCUACAAAAACAUAUAUGUAUCAUUGUGUAAAUGUUUUCACUUUGUACAGUAGAAUCGAAUCCUGCAGAAAGUCUUCACUUGUUUUGUAAGACAAGCUUUGUUUUCUGUAUUUAUUUUACAUAAACGAAAAAUC